CGGCUGUUUGUGUGGGAGAGAGAAAAGGCGAGAGAGAGAGAGAGAGAAACAGCGGUGAUGAUCGACGCCAGGCUGCCACCACUCUGCAGCAGAGAGUGGCUGCAACAAAAAGCACAGAAUAACAUCCCCGACUCCCAGCUCUGCUUUUUUUUCCUCUCCCUGCGUCUCUGCUGGCGGAUGAGAGCUCCGCUCACAGCUCUGCAGAGGCUCUGACGAGACCGAACCGGCGUCAGACACCAGAUCUCUGCGCUGCCAUCAACAAGUUAAGCUUGGAUGACCACGGCUAUGAAUGAAAAACACUUGUUCUUCAAUUGAACGUCAGAGCCAACAUCACUGCAUUGAAGGAACACAAAAGGGUGAAAUAAGAAGAGAAAAGGGGGAGCUGCUGACUGGAGUCGCUCCGGAUCUAACUGAUCAACUUGGAGGGGGAAAAAAAUUAUCUUUAUCAAGGAUUUUGUGGGUUGAGAGAAGAAACAUUCCCUCUUCUUUGAGCUUGGAUUUUAGGGGACUCUGGUAAAAACAUAAGGAAUAAACAUCUUGUGACAUGGAAAUUUACAUUUUGUUUCAAUUAGGUGGGUUCAGAAUUGCUUUAUUUCAAAAGAAGCUGAUUCCUUUUGUGUUUACUCAAAAGGGUUUUUUCCCUUUGGAUUUUUCUUCCAUCCCGUUGCUCCAAGAGUCUUUGGAAAAGGAUAGUUGAAUGCAGCCUCCGAUGUACACAAAAGAAUGGGUUUCCAUUCAAGGUGGCCAUUGGUGGGACCCGCACCAGUGGCUGUGAGUGUGAUCAGUAUGCUCCUAGCGUGCCUGCUGUCUCCCGCAUCAUGCACAACCUGCCCUCAAAAAUGCCGCUGUGAGGACCUGCAGUUCUACUGCGACACCCAGGAGCUUAAGGCACCACCAGAUGGGGUGGAGAAGGGCGCCUUGGGGUUGUCGCUACGCCACAACAGCAUCACUGAGCUCUCCCCUGAUCAGUUCUACGGUUUCAGUCAGCUCACCUGGCUUCAUCUAGACCACAACCAGAUCACCACCGUACAAGAGGAUGCCUUUCAAGGGCUCUAUAAACUGAAGGAUCUCAACCUGAGCUCCAAUCGUAUCACCAAGUUGCCCAACACAACCUUCAUCCACCUCAUCAACCUUCAGAUCCUGGACCUUUCCUUCAAUCAGAUGACAUCACUGGAACCAGAACUGUUUCAUGGACUUAGGAAGCUCCAGAUACUUCACCUACGCUCAAAUUUACUUCGCACCACACCUGUGAGAGCAUUCUGGGACUGCCGUAACCUGGAGUAUCUGGGCCUGAGCAGCAACCGUCUGCGGAGCGUUGCCCGGAAUGGAUUUGCUGGGCUUAUCAAGCUUAAAGAGCUCCACUUGGAGCAUAAUCAGCUGACCAAAAUUAACUUGGCCCAUUUCCCUCGUCUCGUCGCCCUCCAGUUUCUGUAUCUGCAGUGGAAUAAGAUCAACAAUGUCACAUGUGGGAUGGAGUGGACCUGGACCACUUUAGAAAAGAUGGACCUCACAGGAAACGAAAUACGUGUCCUGACACCUGAUGUCUUUCAAACGCUGCCAAAUUUAAAAAUUAUGCUUCUGGAUAACAACAAACUCAGCAGCCUGGAGCGCCAGGUCUUGGAUAUGUGGCGGUCCUUGAGUACUAUUGGACUGUCCAGCAACCUUUGGGAAUGUACCAAAAGGAUUUGCUCUCUGGCCACGUGGCUGAGCGCUUUCAAGGGAAGGUGGGAACACUCCAUCCUCUGCCACAGUCCAGAAUACGCCCAAGGCGAGGAGAUACUCGACGCCGUCUAUGGAUUCCAGCUUUGCCAGAACUUCUCAGCGCCAGUCAUUCAGACCAUCAGUACGACCACAGAAACCACUACGGCUGCUGACAUUACAAGCUCCUUGUUUGGAAUUAUGCAGCCGACCCCAACACAGGACUAUGCAGAGGAUUUUGGGAGCUUUACCACACCUGCUACCACCACAACCACAACACAAAAACCAAGCACUUCUGAAGCAACUACUGCUUUGCUGGAGGAGGCAGCUGUAACGGAUGAUUUGUUAGCGAUAGACAACACUGUCAUGACUCAUAGGGUUAUUAUUGGAACUAUGGCCCUUCUCUUUUCAUUCUUUUUCAUAAUUUUUGUUGUGUAUAUCUCACGAAAGUGCUGCCCCCCCACUCUGCGGCGGAUACGUCACUGUUCGGGGAUUCAGAACCGCAGACAGAUGAGGACCCAGCAGCGACAGCCAAUGGCAGACCUAGCCACACAGGUACCCUAUAACGAGUACGAGCCUAGCCAUGAGGAAGGGGCGCUCGUCAUCAUCAAUGGCUAUGGGCAGUGCAAGUGUCAGCAACUGCCUUACAAAGAGUGUGAAGUAUGAACUCCUAUUUAUUCCUAGACCAUAAGGUUCGUCAUUUGACCAUCUCAGAAGAAACAGGGUUUGCUUCUUUAAUUUGUCUCCUGUUUGUGUAAAAAGCCUGAUUUCUACAAGUGACAUUUGAAAACAUGAUCAAUAUCGAAUGCUACAAAAGACAAAAGGCUGGACGGUAAAGACACUAUAUGAUAGUCACAAUUUUAUUUUUCUAUGAAAGAAAGGUUGUUCAUAUCAGCCAGGGGCAAUCAUUUUAAAUAAGAAAAUUGUAAACUGUGAGAUUUGUCUCUACAUUGUCUAUAUUUUGCAGCACAGCUUCAUUAUUGGGCCAAGUAGCCCUUUGAUAACAAAGGACCUAAAGUGAAGGGAUAGGAUUAUGUUGUUUUUUUUGUUUUGUUUUUUAAAUAAUAGGUAACAUUUUGAAAUUAUAUUUCCCAAAAAGCAUUAAAGGCACUAAAAACAACCAUACUGAUAAUAAAUCUAUGGAGAGGAAACCUGAAAAGGCAUUUCAUCCAUCCAAUCAGCUAUGUGGAAGUUUGAUCGACCUACAGUUUUAAGCCUGUUCCACAUAGAUUUUGAAUUUUUUCUAAUGUUUUGUGUCGAAACCUAGCUAAAAUUAGAGUCAAAAACACAGACAUGUGCUCAGAAAUCCUGGUUUACCCCUGGCAUUAGUCAUAUCAUGUUUGAGCUUCUGUCUAAUCGGGGUCAGGUAAUACAAAUAAAACAAUAAACAAUAAUCAGCACUUAAUAUCCAAUCAGUUUUAUUAAAAACAGAAAGUCUAGAGUUCCGCCUUGGGUUUAACACAAAACUACAACACCUUUAAUGUAAGAUGAUUUACAUAUGGAUUACACAUUUUCUAAAGGCCAUACAAACUGUGAAGCAAUAUUUCUUUGCCCUUAAUGUAUUUAAGUACAUCUGCGGAUUUGGCAUAGUGGGAUCAAUUUAUAGAUUUCUGUGAUAUUCAAGUAGCAAGUGAAAGGGCAAUGAAGAGAGCAAAUGCCAGAACAUUUUAAGCUUAAAAAUAAAAACCUCCAACAGAAGCCCACACUUUUAAGCUUACAGACUAACCAAGAGUGACGGGUUCAAGAUUGAGCCAAUUAAGGCAAGGAAAAAAAAGGAAUCUAAUAUUCUGCCUCCCGUUUAAGCGAUCUAGCAACGUCUAGCUCCCUCAUCUGUAAACUGUAGCAGUUUUGUCAUCAUUGGUGCGAUUAGACCAAAAAUACCCGUUAAACUUUUUAUUUUAUGCAACAGAAAUCAAUCAAAUUGUCACCUGCGGCUUGAGAAUGGAUUUCUAAAUAUAUCAGUUUUUAUGUUUGGACUAACAACUGUCGAGGUAAACGGGGCUCACUCCUCUAGGCAAAUGGAGAGCCAAUGAUAAGCAAACAGCGGGCUUUAGUGAGGACACAUUUGUAUGCAACAGAGAGGAUGUGCAUUAGCAUCAGUCUGAAGCUGCUGCAGCUUCGCACUUCAUGUUCGAUUCAGGAGAGGGAGCAGGGUGACGGUAUGUGGGAUUGAAGAAGAAUUGAUGGGAGGAAAGAAAAAAAAAGAGGGCCAAAUUAAUGGAUAAUGACUUAAAUAUAAAAUGAUUAAAUACAACAGUUACUGAAUUAUAAUGGCUUGUGGUUUAACCGUAGACAAAACAGCAAGAGUCACUACUUUCAGCGUUUGGUUUCAUAUGACGCAGCAAUGAGCCACUGCUCCGGUAUCACACCACCUUUAAGGAAGAUGCAUCAUACUGAGGGGAUGAGAUCAUUUCUCUGGUUGGGCGAGUCUGGAUAGAAGCAGAAGGAGCCAUUUGAGGUUUAGUCUACUAAUUUGGCUUCGAGCAUUUACAUAAACAUCUAUAGAAGUGUGUCCUUAAAAAAAAAUAAAAAAAUCAGAUCAACAAAAAAUAUAUAUGUAACCAAAAAAUUUUUACGUUUUAUGUUCAGACCAUUCAUCUGAAGCCAAAUAAUUCCCCUUUAGAGUUUCCUUUCCAGCUUAGCACUGCUUUUACUACUGCCCUUCUGACCUUGCAUGUUCAAAAAUCCAACUGGGAGGAAAUUACUUCUCAAUUUCAUUCAGCAAACAUUACCAGACAUCAUUUCUGAUGAAAAGGGAAGUCAGUGAAAAUCUAAAGAUUUUUUUUUUUCAAUCAUCACAGACAAUUUACUGUCUGAAGUUGUACCAUGUGACUAAAAAUCCACAGAAUUUGUAGACUUAUGCAUCCCUUUGCACUUUGGCUCUUUGUAAACUGUUCUGUUUCCUCCUGUCAUCCUAGUUCUUCUCUUCCUGCUGAAAAAAAAAAAAGCUGAAAUGGAAAAAGAAGCAAAAGAUUCCCUAUUCUCAUUUUCAAACUCUUUGUGCAAAACUGAAUGCUUUUCUCUUCCCAUUUUCCUUUUGUAUUGUAAUAUGUACAA